CCGCUGCGGGGAGGAGCUGGGUCCGCAGCCGGGCGGCGAGCCGGGGAAGCACGUCCUGCUGGCGAGGGCUGCCCACAGUCCGGGAAGCGCUGCUGCAGCGCGGAGCAAAGGGCCCUUAACACGGCCACUCACGCUGCGGAUCCAGACUAACACGGCUACCCCUCUGAUACUUCAUUGUAUGUGUGACACUCACCGUCCAUGCAACACGUGUGCUCACGUCUGCUGUGUCACACACACGGUAUGUCUCACUGGUGCUGUGUGCGCGAUACUCCUUCUCCGACCAAUUCAGUGCGUUCAACACUCCUCUGUGCCUGGCGAUGUCUUUGUUUUCUUGCUGCGCAGAGGUUUGAUGGACAAAGGGGAAGAAUUAAGAUUGCAAGGGGUAAAUUACAGCCACCGAAUACAAUGUCCCCAAACCCUCCCCCGACAGCAGUUAUACAACUGCCGUGAGGCGACAGUCCAGAGCACGCAGUGCCCUAUCCGACUGCAGAGGGAUAGAUUCGCCGUAGCACGCACCGCAACACAGCCCUUCUUGGAACCAAGUGGUCACCUGCAGGCAGACACUACCACUCCCAGCAUGCAGUUCUUCGGGGAGGGGAACCACCAUUCCCAGCACCCAUUGCUUCGUGGGACGCAAGCCACCUGAUUCGAGUCCCGAACGCUCACGGCCGAAGAGCGCGCCGUCCGCACGCCUGGGUGACGUCAGUUGAAGUACAACCCUGCCCCCAACUUCCCGAAAUUUAAAAUAAGUCCCAUGCUGCACCACGCGCCGCGCGUUGAUUGGCUGCGGAAGUGCUGGCGCGCGGUUCAAAGUUGUCGAGAGAAAGGGGCGCCCGUACCUAGGCGCGUAGCGACGGGAAGCGGCCGGAGCAGCUUGGCGGGUGGCGACGGUCGGCUAAGGCUCCCCGCGCCCCCUGACAAUGGCGACGGCGGCCAUGAGCUCCCAGGGCGGCGCUAAGAAAGAGGAGAAAGGCAAGAAUAUCCAGGUGGUUGUGAGAUGCAGGCCCUUUAAUGUGUCGGAGCGCAAAGCAAACUCCCAUGCUGUUGUAGAUUGUGACUAUACAAGAAAGGAAGUUAGCGUCCGUACUGGAGGAGUAACCGAUAAGACGGCAAGGAAGACUUACACGUUUGAUAUGGUCUUCGGAGCUCAAGCAAAACAAAUUGAGGUUUACCGGAAUGUUGUCUGUCCUAUUUUGGAUGAAGUUAUUAUGGGAUACAACUGUACCGUGUUUGCCUAUGGCCAAACUGGUACAGGAAAAACCUUCACAAUGGAAGGGGAGAGAUCACCUAAUGAAGAAUAUACAUGGGAAGAGGAUCCACUAGCUGGUAUAAUCCCCCGUACGUUGCAUCAAAUAUUUGAAAAACUUUCAGACAACGGUACAGAAUUUUCUGUGAAAGUAUCCCUAUUGGAAAUCUACAAUGAGGAGCUUUUUGAUCUUUUGAAUCCCUCUCCUGAUGUAGGGGAGAGACUGCAAAUGUUUGAUGACCCCCGUAACAAGAGGGGUGUGAUUAUCAAAGGAUUGGAAGAAAUAACUGUGCACAACAAGGAUGAAGUGUAUCAGAUUUUGGAAAGAGGAGCAGCGAAAAGAACAACUGCAGCUACUUACAUGAAUGCAUACUCUAGUCGUUCACACUCUGUGUUUUCAGUCACCAUACACAUGAAAGAAACUACAAUAGACGGAGAAGAGCUUGUUAAAAUUGGGAAACUAAACUUGGUUGAUCUUGCAGGAAGUGAAAACAUUGGUCGUUCUGGAGCAGUUGACAAAAGAGCUCGUGAAGCUGGAAAUAUCAAUCAGUCUCUGCUUACUCUGGGGAGAGUAAUUACUGCUCUUGUAGAAAGAACCCCACAUAUUCCAUACAGGGAAUCUAAACUCACUAGAAUCCUGCAGGAUUCUCUUGGAGGGCGUACAAAAACAUCUAUAAUUGCCACAGUUUCUCCUGCAUCUGUAAAUCUUGAGGAGACUUUGAGCACUCUAGAAUAUGCACAUAGAGCAAAGAAUAUCAUGAAUAAGCCUGAAGUUAACCAGAAGCUGACCAAAAAAGCUCUCAUUAAGGAAUAUACAGAGGAGAUUGAACGCCUGAAACGAGAUCUUGCUGCUGCUCGAGAGAAAAAUGGAAUCUACAUUUCUGCUGAAAACUAUGAAGCUCUUAAUGGAAAAGUGACAGUUCAAGAAGAACAAAUUGCAGAGUAUAUUGAGAAAAUUAGUGCCAUGGAGGAAGAAGUGAAAAGAGUCACUGAGCUGUUCAUGGCUAAUAAAAAUGAGCUUGAACAAUGCAAAACAAAUCUGCAGAUCAGGGCAAGAGAACUGGAAGACACUCAGAAAAACUUGCAAGAAACCAAGAUUCAACUUGUGGAGGAGGAAUAUGUGGCUUCAGCUUUGGAGAGCACUGAAGAAAAGCUGCAUGGCACUGCUAGCAAGUUGCUUAAUACGGUUGAAGAAACAACAAAAGAUGUGUGUGGUCUCCAUGCAAAACUAGAUCGUAAAAAAGUAGUUGAUCAACACAAUGCAGAAGCCCAGCACAGAUUUGCAGGACAAAUGAAUGCUCUGUUUAGCAAAAUACAAGAUUCUGUUAAUGAGAACAGUUUGAAACAGCAACAAAUGAUAGAAUCUUACACUAAUUUAGUUGCACAAAAAGAGUGUAAAAAAGGAUAAAGAGAACAAAUCUACAAGUAUCUUGGAGAGGUCCAAGAUGGAGGAUACAACAGAACAAUCUCUUCCCAAGUCUAAGCUUCCUUUAAAAGCACUGAACUAAGAUAUUUAAUGCAGACCACUGCAUUUGUAAAACUUACCUCUGAUCCUCUGUUCAGUCUGUUUUCUCAACCAUUUUCAGGUGCUGUAUAUAGUGAUAUAUUGUUGCAAAAUCAAAUUUUCUAAGAAGUUGUCCUGCCUAUUUGUCUGAAUUGUUUUUAUACACUGUAACUUAGUUACAUAUCAUAUGCUGUAAUUUAGUUACAUGGCAUUUACAGACUUUUAAAACUUCAAAUUAUGGCUCUGUAUGUUAAAUAAAGACUUUUAAAAUCUAAAGCUUAUAAUGCUAA